AUGCUGCUGCUGCUGCUUCUGGCCCUGCUCUGGUGGAGGGAGGGGGCCGAGGGACAGAGGCAGCCAGUGGAGGAUUACUGGCUGCAAGUGCAGGAGUCAGUGACGGUGCAGGAGGGCCUGUGUGUGUUUGUGCCCUGCUCCUUCUCCUACCCCUGGAGUCGCUGGAGUGGCUCUACCCCAGCUCAUGGCUACUGGUUCCGGGAAGGGGCCAGAACAGACCAGGAUGCAUCAGUGGCCACAAACAACCCAGCCGGAAAAGUGCGGGAGGAGACCCAGGGCCGAUUCCACCUCCUUGAGGACCUCCUGACCUACAACUGCUCCCUGGACAUCAGAGACGCCAGGAGGACAGAUGACGGAAAAUACUUUUUUCGAGUGGAGAGAGGAAGUGUGAGACAUUCUUACAUAAGUAACCAGCUCUCUGUGCAUGUGACGGGUAAGGCGCUGGCACUGCCAACACCAGACAUGCUGCUGCUCCUGCUGCUGGCCCUGCUGUGGUGGAGGGAGGGGGCCGAGGGAUGGGGAGAGCUGGAAGCGGGUUACCAGCUGCGAGUGCAGGAGUCAGUGACAGUGCAGGAGGGCCUGUGUGUGUUUGUGCCCUGCUCCUUCUCCUACCCUUGGAGUCGCUGGAGCAGCUCUACCCCAGCUCAUGGCUACUGGUUCCGGGAAGGGGCCAGAGUUGACGAGGAUGCUCCUGUGGCCACAAACAGCCCAAAUCGAGAAGUGCAGGAGGAGACCCGGGGCCGAUUCCGCCUCCUUGGGCACCCCCAGAGAUACAACUGCUCCCUGGACAUCAGAGACGCCAGGAGGACAGAUGAUGGAAAAUACUUUUUUCGAGUGGAGACAGGAAGUGUGAAAUAUUCUUACACAAGUAACCAGCUCUCCGUGCACGUGACGGCCCUGACCCACACACCUGACAUCUUCAUCCCGGAGACCCUGGAGUCAAGCCGCCCCAGGAACCUGAAGUGCUCUGUGCCCUGGGCCUGUGAGGAGGGCACGCCCCACAUCUUCUCCUGGAUUUCGGCAGCCCUCACCUCCCCGGACCCCAGGACCCGCUUCUCCUCUGUGCUCACCCUCACCCCACGGCCCCAGGACCAUGGCACCAACCUCACAUGUCGGGUGAAGUUUCCCAGAACCAGUCUAACUGUGGAAAGGACCAUCCAGCUCAACGUCACCUACUCUCCACAGAACUUGACCAUCACUGUCUUCCCAGGAAACAGCACAGAACCCACAGUCCUGAAGAAUGGCUCAUCUCUUUCAGUCCUGGAGGGCCAGUCCCUGCGCCUGGUCUGUGUUGUAGACAGCAACCCCUCUGCCAGGCUGAGCUGGGCCCAUGGGAAUCAGACCCUGAGACCCUCACAGCCCUCAUACCCUGGGGUCUUGUAUUUGCCUCAGGUGGAGUCGGGGCAUGAGGGUGAAUUCACCUGCCAAGCUCAGCACCCUCGGGGCUCCCUGCAUGUCUCCCUGAGCCUCUCUCUGCAGAGAAAAGCGUGGCCUUUAUCAGGAGUGGUGCUGGGGGCCGUGGGGGGAGCAGGUGCUACAGCCCUGCUCUUCCUGUCCUUCUGCGUCAUCGUCAUCAUAGUGAGGUCCCGCAGGAAGAAAGCGGCCAGGCCAGCAGAGGAUGUGGGUGACGCGGGCAUGGAGUGUGCAAACGCUGUCAUGGGGUCAGUCUCACAGGGUCGCCUGAUUGAAUCCCAGAAGGGAAGAUUCCCAGACCACCCUCCCCCAGAUGUGGCUGCCCCCUGCUCAGGGGAGGAUGAAGAGCUCCAUUAUGCAUCUUUCAGCUAUUGUGGCAUGAAGCCUCGGGACCCACAGGAACAGGAAGCCACUGGUAAUGAGUACUCAGAGAUCAAGAUCCACAAGUGAGAAACUGCAGAGACUCAGCCCUGGCUUGAGGGAUCAC